AAUAAUCACGAAGUUUUUAAUUUGUAAAGACGCUCAGCGGAAUGGAGCGUAAGGUUGUUUGUUUUGUUUACUUUCACGUAGACGUUUGUGUUUAAAACUUCUAAAAUCAGGCCUUAAGACCUCAUCUCGUUGUUUGUAUAUCAUGGAAACGUCCACGAGAGGAAUGGCCAAACGCAGGCAUCUGGGAGCAUCAGAUUGUAAUGAUCUGGCCCAAAGCAGCUCAGGGAACCAGUCUCUUACACAGCCAUUUACUGCUUAUCGCAACAACCGAAGUCCCAACUUUAAGCUUCAACCCAGGACACCCACCAAAAAAAGAAGACAAGCUGCAGAGAGUGUGGGACAACAAAAAGGCAUCACAGACUUCUUCUCAGUUACUGGAGUCAUCAGCAGCAGCCCCCAAAAAAAUAACACAACUCCAGUGAAAGAGGAAGAGGAACUCGCUACACCUCUCAUGCCAGAAGGUGAACUCAAUGCACCUCUUGUCCCAAAAGAGGAAAAUGUUACACAGGACUUCAUGGAAGGCAUCACAGAAGACAUGUUCGAUGAUGACAUGUUUGAUGAGGACUUCAGCGGGGUCUCCGUCAAAAAAGAGCAGGACUGUGUGAAAAAAGACGUGGAUGAAGAGUAUCCUGUAGAAUGUCUCCCUGAUGCCCACUACGGGUUGCUGGGAGUGCAGGGUGGGCAUGCUGUGCCCGAGGGUCACAUCCAGGACCUGCCCGAUGAAAUCUUGAGGAUGUUGUUUGCUCAUCUCCCUGCAGCUGAUCUUUAUCAACAUAUUAGCCUGGUGUGCCAGCGCUGGAGAACGCUUGUUGUGGAUCCACAGUUUCUUCCAUGGAAGAAGCUGUACUACAGAUACCGUAAGCGGGAAACUGAGGCAGUGAAAGAAGUGAGGUCUAUCCUGAUUGACUGUCACAUUAUUAAAAAAGAUGACCUGUGUCUUCUCAACAUGGUGAGGUACAUGUCUCAGUUUAAACACAGCAAGCGAGUGAAUGUAAAUGAUGUGUUGGAUUGUGUGAAAAGACAUCGGCUGUAUGCUCAGGCUGAGGCCUGCAUCAAACACAGACUGGCAGACAUGGCAGACCACAAGGGUCCAAAUCCUUGGUCUGCCAUGGCACUGAUGCUGAUACUCGCUGAUGGAGUUAAAGAUGUCCUGGAUUUGGUGGUUCUGCUGAGGAAGUCUGGAUCUCUUCUGACAACAGGUGGAAUCUCUGAGUAUCUGUGGGCUGUGGCGACUCUGCUGCUGGCCAUGAGAGAGACCAAUAUUAACAUAAGCAACAGGUGGCACUACAACAUCUUUUAUGUGCUCCAUUUAAUGGAGAAUACACCCCCAAAGUUGAGCCAGCAAGGCAUCAGACAGCUUCAUAUUACACAUGAGCAGCAACAGAUACUCAAUCACGAUAUCCAGAGAGACCAUGUUGUGAAAAUAAUGGCUUUUGCAGGCACUGGAAAGACUACUACACUGGUGAAGUACGCUGAGCAGAGGCCACACUUGCGCUUCCUCUAUCUCGCCUUCAACAAAUCUGUAGCAGUGCAAGCACGAAAGUCGUUUCCACGUAACGUGGAAUGCAGUACGGUCCAUUCAAUGGCCUUCAAAGCUGUGGGACUGAGGUAUAGGAGGAAACUCUCCAGUAAUUUGCAACCCUUUGAGGUGGCAUGGGUCUUGCCUGAGAAACACGGUGGAUUUGUCAAUGCUAAAGUGGUGACGCAAACCUUAAACAGUUUCUGGGCAUCCAUAGACCAGCGCGUCGGACCCCAGCACACUCCAUGGGAGUACAAGAACAAUCGAGGCCAAAUGGUGCGCCCGGAUGAACAUCAGAGAAUGGUAUUUGCAAAUAUUGCACAGAAAUUAUGGGACAAAAUGCUUGAGUUGGAGCGCAAAAAAGAGAGGGCCUAUAACAUGACCCAUGAUGGUUACCUCAAACUGUGGCAUCUGACCCGACCAGAGCUGGAAUGUUAUGAUGUCAUAUUUGUUGAUGAAGCUCAGGACUGCACGCCAGCUAUCAUGGACAUCAUGCUCUCCCAGAAGUGUGGAAAAAUCCUGGUUGGAGAUCCUCAUCAACAGAUUUACACUUUCAGAGGGGCGAUCAAUGCCAUGCACACUGUUCCUCACACACACAUCUACUAUCUCACACAGAGCUUCAGGUUUGGCUCUGAGAUCGCUUAUGUUGGUGCUACAAUAUUGGAGAGCUGUAAAAAAGUGAAGCAGAUAUUGGUUGGUGGGAGUCAAGAUGGAAGCGUGAAAGGAGAGGACACACAAAUGCUGGAUCUUAUGAAACAAGGACAGAAGCUGUCACAUGAUGGCAGCGUGGCCUUUCUGAGUCGCUGUAAUGUGACUGUGUUUAGUGAAGCUGUCCGACUCACAGACGUAAACCCAGACUGCAAGAUUCACAUUGUUGGAGGUGUUGAAAACUUUGGACUGGACAAAAUCCUGGAUAUCUGGAUCCUGUUGCAACCAGAGGAUAAACGCAAAAACGAGAACCUCACAAUUAAAGAUUACUUCAUCCGGAGUUUCUGCCGAGACAAGAUGGGCGGAUACAGAGGCUUGAAGGGAUACGCUGUGGCCUCAGAAGACCGUGAAUUGGAGGCUAAGCUAUCUGUGGUGGAAAAAUACAACAACCGCAUUCCAGAGCUGGUACAGCGGAUCUACGAAUGUGCUCAGAAAAACCCUCAGUCUGCAGAUUAUAUUCUUGGUACUGUACACAAGUCUAAAGGCCUGGAGUUUGACAUUGUGGUUGUGACGGACGACUUCACGAAGGUUCCCUGUUCUCGACACAACCUGCAGAGAGUGGUUGGUUUCAGCACAGCAAAUGUCCCAGAUGAUGAGUGGAACCUGUUAUACGUGGCCGUCACACGAGCCAAGAGAGCUCUUUACAUCACUAAGACCAUCAGCAAUAUCCUAACAUUUACUGGGGAGUAUUUGCUGAGGUCACAGUUGACCAGUUCUUUGCUAAGUACAGAUCCAUCUCCUGUCUGCUCUAUUGAAGACUGCGAUAACCACAUCACAGCAGACUCAGCGCUCAGCAUGUGUAAACUCCCCAUCAGAUAUAUGGACAGUGUGGAUGAAGGCGGUGUUCUGUGUUUGACGUGUGUAGAGCAGCGUGUUGGACCUGUCGCCUUCCUUCUCUCCCCUCCUGAAGUGGUCAAGUCCAUGAGUUAUACUAAUGAAAGACUCGAUCUGCCUAUCAACGUCGCUAUGCUGUUAGCUCUGCUUUAACAGCAUGUCCAUGCGGACGCAUACUCUGAACCUUUGCGUGGUCAUUUCUUGUUUGUCUUUUUGAAGUGCCUUAUCCAAAUAGCCUUAUUCUUCAAGUUUUCAUUGGCACAUGCUUAAAAUCGGGACUGAAAUUUGUAUUUUUAAGUAUUUCUAAAUACUUCUAAACAUUGCAAACCAUCUCAAGAUCUUUUUCGCUUUGUGUUUGACUCUCCUACUUGAAUCGCAUUAAACAGUGACAUCACUGUUUUAGUUGUGGAGUUAGUCAGUUGGCAGCUUGUUUAAGAUUUUCAGGCCAAAUCUGAUGGUCUGAAAUGGGGCCUAGGCCUCAAUACGCAGUGUUGCAAACAGCACAUUAGCACAAUCAUUUUUGCUAUCACUAAGUCACGGUCAAAUUCUAAUUCAUGAUUAUAAUAUUACUGUUGUGUUAGACGUAAAAACGUUUUGGGAGAUUUACAUAAAGAUGGAUGGGAUAAUGUGAUUGUACUAACUUAGGUUUUGCACUUUUAUACUGUGUAUAUUUCCAUUAUUGGUGGUCUAAUUUUUUUAGCAUUUAUUGUGAAAAAAAGUCUGGUAAUUUUUUAUUUGAUCAGAAUUGUUUUGUUUGGCAAAUAAUUGUCUAAAGCAAAAGCGUUUUUAUUUAAUAUUUUUAUCACAUAUUGUGUUUGUUUCAAAAUACAUUUUCCUAUCCAAAGCAAUCCGUUGUUUGAGAAUUCAUGAGUGUAUAUAUGUCACAUCACUAACUUGUAGAUAAAUAUGGAUCUGCGCAUCUGUUGUUGUCUCAGCAAAAUAGGGUGUGUGUGUGUGUUUUAUUUUUAUCUUAUAAAGCGUUUCAUUCUGUCAUCUACUGACAACCUUUCUGCCAAAUUCUUAAUAAAAAUAUUUUGUUUGCA